AAUGGGCGGGCUCGUGGGCGCGGUCACGCUCAGCGCCUUCGGGUGGUGCGCGCUGUCACAAUAAAAGUGCGCGUCCCUUCUGCCGAGCGGCGGGACUCUGUCUGGACUCUGAGGGACCGGAUCGGACCAGACCGACACCGGAGACCGGAUCCAGCACCGGGGAUGCACAUUCAGCUUGUUUUUAAAAAAGCCCGAAGCUGCAGAGCUCCGCUUGUAUCUGUCCACCAGGCGCUGAUGUUGUGAGGAAGCAGGGAAAUACAGACACCAGCAACGGCUUGAUUGGAUCAUAACUACACGUGAGGUCAGCUGACAUCAACCAGGUCCCAGACAGCCUCCACCCUACCGUGGGCCUGCCCGGCGUGGGAUGCAGGAGAGUGGGAUUUGAUGCCACUUGGCAACUGUAAGAGGUGUGGCAUAGUCAAUCAUGAGGGAUUCAGUCUUCAACUGCUGUUAUGUCCCACCCCAUCCUCCAGGAGAGGAGGAAGCCCGCAGGUCCAGACGCACGGAGACCAUGGCCUCAUCCUCGGGGCACUUCCCCAACGACAAGCGCUUCCUCAUCUUCUUUGACUUUGACGAGACCAUCGUGGAUGAGACCAGCGACGACAUGGUGGUGCAGGCCGCCCCGGGUCAGCACCUCCCGGGCUGGCUGAAGGACACCUACCAGCCCGGCCGCUACAACGAGUACAUGCAGCGCGUCCUGGCCUACCUGGCGGAGCAAGGCGUCACCGAGAGCGACAUACGCAGCAUCAUGGAGAAGAUCCCGUCCACCCCGGGCAUGACCACCCUCUUCCAGUUCCUGCGCGCCCGGCCCCCGCAGGACUUCGAGGUGGUGCUGUUGUCCGACGCCAACAGCUUCUUCAUCGAGUCCUGGCUGCGGCGCACCGGGGCGCGACAGCUCUUCCAUCGCAUCUUCACCAACCCGGCCACCUUCAACAAGGACGGCCGGCUGGUGAUGAGACCGUUCCACUCCCACGACUGCCUGCGGUGUCCCGACAACAUGUGCAAGCAGGUGGUGGUCAGGGAGUAUGUGGCCCGCAGGACGCAGGAGCGGGGCCGCCCCUACCAGAGGGUUUUCUACGUGGGGGACGGAGCCAACGACUUCUGCCCGGCGCUCGCCCUCGGGCCCCGGGACGUGGUCUUCCCGCGCCGGGACUUCCCCAUGCACCGGCUGAUCACGGAGACCCACGAGUCCAUGCCCGGGGAGUUCAAGGCGGUCACGGUGCCGUGGGCGAGCGGGGAGGACGUGGUGCAGCGGCUGAGGAAACUGGUGGCAGAGUAGAGUGGCUCACAGAGACACAGGAGCAGGAGCAGAUCUAGGGCCAGUUUAGACUUUUAGUCAUUUUCUCAGGUAAAAACAGUGACAGGAACCAACGUGUACAAGGCAAUAUAAACAUGCGAGGAUGUGUGAAAAUAAACUGUAUAUCUGGAGUCCAGCCUGCACAGGACUCAGUCUAGCCUCUCACGUUGUGGUCCAGAGGUCCCUCAGUUUACCAUCAGCUGGUUAAUGAUUCUAAAAGCCUGCCACUGUAAAUCAAUAACAAACCCAAUGCUUUGUGCUUUAAACACUAUUUAGAGCUAUAUAGCUUUAACGUAUAUGGGUGCAUGUGCAUAAUAAAUAUCAUGCAAUGGGUAUUCUUUACAGGUUUAAGGGUUAAAGUUAUCACCUUAAUAACAAUAUAUAAAAUGUCAUCAUUGGCCUACGUCAACCAGGUGACUGGUCGCCUUUGAAAUGCUAUUAUAAGUGUGUUUUCAUACAAACUGCACUUUUUUAAAGAUGAAAUAUUAAAUUAUAGUGUCAAUAAGUGAAAUAACAGUAACAUUGUUUUAUGGGCAUUACAAUAGCUCUCCAAGGUGACUAAGCAAGAAGUUUUGUAUCUACAUGUUUUUCAUGAAAUAUACUGUACGUCUUAUUUUACAAAUGUAUGUCUGUCGGUUUUGUUAUCUUGUUUAUCAGUCUGUUGUGUCUUUGUUGUGUAUAGGCCCGGCCUAUACUGGAAAAUAUGUUAACACCAGCAGGAAUAAAGCCAUCAACUGAAA